AAUUUUGAAAAAUCACGGGCUUGACAUUUGCCGGAUUUGCCUGUAAAUGUAUUUAGUUUAGGUGUAUUAUUUACACUCUUGAAAGUGUUUUUUAGAAACCAAUACAUAAAAAGUUAGAAGGAAAACAUGUCGAAUGCUGUGCCAGUAAUAACAAUUCAGUGUGAUUGGAACGAUGUUGUGAAGUUGCCUAAAGAAGAAGGAUGGAUAUCUUCUAAAUAUUAUAAUGAAAGCAGUGUACACGACAAGUUUAGAACUUCUGUGAACUCUGCUGAUGGAAAAAUUAAAAUCGAUUUUCCGGAUUCCUAUCAGUAUAUAUCUCAUUCUAAUUUGAAUCUUGUUAUAAAACAUGUACCCUCCGGUUUGAAGGUAGCUUUUAUAGCACCUACUAAAGCACAUAAAGUUCAUGAUAAAGCAGUGUUAUCAGUCAAUACAGCUGAAAAUGCUUUAGCAGUCUCAUCUUGUGAAGGAGACAAGCUCCUAGUGUGGGAUAGUAGAACUAGUGAAGUGCAACUGGACUUGAAAGGUCAUGGGGGACCAGUGUAUAAAUGCAAAUUCUUCCCAUCAGGCAUUGUAAUUAUCUCGGCCGGAGCUGAUGGCUCUUGCAGAAUCUGGUCUGCAGAGUCCGGGAUUAAUCCUGUCACCCUCAAAGGACAUAAAAUGUCCAUAGCUGACAUUAGUAUUAUUGAAAAGGGAAGAAAUAUUAUAUCUGUGAGCAAGGAUGGUUCAGCAAAGCUGUGGGAUGUGGGUGAAUCAAGGUGCUUGGAUAACAUCUUAGAAGGUCACGGCCCCAUAAAUUGUUGUGCUAUAGCAACAACUAAAGAUGUGGUUCAAGUGGAAAAUGAGAGAGAGGUAGGCACAAGCAACAAGCUGCUAGUGGUGGGCUGUGAGAGUGGUGAGGUGAUAUGCACUCAUGUCGCCAAGAGAGAAGAGUUGUUUAGAAAGCAAGUGGACUCUCCCUGCAAUGCUUGCAUUGUUGUGGGGAACAAUAUCAUUGUUGGCUGCAGUGAUGGCAAGAUUAUACAACUAAACCUCGCUAAUGGUACGGAGACACGACGUUGGUGCGAGUCGGCGAACCCGGUUCUGAGCACGAUAACAUUGCCAAACCAGAUGUUUGCAGUGGGCAGGCAAGAUGGGACCUGUACAAUUAUUUCCCUACAAGAAGCACAUAAAAGCAUCAGAGUACAACUCACUGGGUCUGACUGUGACGGCAUAAGAGACAUCUCAUUCAAUGGGAAAUGGAUCCUCACAGCAUGCCGAGACUCAUUCAUAAGGAAGUAUGACUUCAACCAAAUUGUUGUUCACUAUAAGUGAUAUAAAUUAAAACUGUGAUUAGAUUUAAGAAGCAUUUAAUCAUAAGGUAAAUUUUUAAUACAUCGAAUUUUAAAU